AUGACAGAAGAAGUAGUGACUCAGACGCAUCAACGAGAACAAAAAACCUUUUUACGACAGAGUACUGAAGAGGAUUUAGAUGAAGAAGAUGAAGAUGAUUUUGGUGUGAAGCCAAUUCAUCAUCUUGACGACGACCCUCACGACUCGGAUGAUUUUCAAGAAUUUGAAUCUUUUCAAAGUCAACAGACGCGGACACAGGGGUCGGUGAAUAAUAUGACCCAUUCGUCAACCAAUGACAGCCUAGUCGAAGGUCAAACAAAGAGCUAUACGCCUAGUAUGACAUCAAGUGGUUACGCGUCACAGGCUGUAUCAACGCUGACUCUGUCGUCAGAAGAUUCAAUGAGCGUUAAAUCCAUGGAGGAACAAGCGGACGGCAAAAAUAACAAGAUGCGACAGAAAUCGGCAAGUACAGAAACCAGUAGCGAGAGCGAUUCUGAAGAGCGUGGAAACAAGAACAAUAACUCUAAAGAUGUUUCUGCUCCUGAGCAAGUCGACGAAGAUCAACAAAUUUCCAAUGAAAAUUUAAAGAAUCGCCGAUCAGAUUCUCUGCUGGAUGAAGGCGUGCCUGAUAUUCCUGGUUCCCCGCUAAAACCUAUCCCAUCGCCCCCUAUUACGUCUGAUCCUUUCUUUAAAGAAACCAACGAAGCCGAAAAUAAAAACAGUGAAAAGAAACCGAAUGUCUCAAACCAGACGAAAAAACCCAUCAUAACAAGACCGAAACUUCCUGUAUUCGAGGAUCAUGUGACUCUUGAUAAUAAAAGUGCAAUAUGUAAUGUCCCCGAUAACGAUCUGUACAGCGUUAACGCUCUCGAAGAACUUGAGAAACUUCAAGACACUUGCGAGGAAACAGAGGAUUUAAGUCCACCUAUCGCAGAUGAGUCUCAUUUAAAUAAACCAAUCGCAGAUGAGUCUCAUUUGAAUAAACCAAUCAAUGAACAGAUUAGUGCUAACAAUUUAGAAUCAACCAAUAAAACGCCUGUCAAACCGCUAGUCAUAGAUCAUGAGGUGAAAUCUCUCGAUCGCGCAGACGUUCUUAGACGAAAAGGGUCUGCAGGUCGACCACGUCCAGUGUCUUGCGUGGGUUCACCUCAGACCUAUUCAGUUCAUCGUGGUAUGCCAUUGGAUCCGGAUCGUAGAAGCAGUCUUCAUUUUACAGAUGAACAAGUACAAGGUUUUGAUGAUUCUAUGUCGGAAUGUUCGUUUGGAAGUCGAGCGGAUCUGGAUCGUUUAAUGGAUAUACCUGUACCAUCAUGGAUACAGGAAGGAGAAGGUGUAACUGUAACCUCAUCUCGAGGAACAGUACCUAAAUCUGGUCUAGUACGAUUUGUUGGUCAAGUUGAUUUUGCUGCUGGUAACUGGAUUGGCGUAGAAUUGGACCAACCUGAAGGAAAGAAUGAUGGUUCCGUGAACAAACAGAGAUAUUUUAAAUGUCGGUCCCGACACGGAAUUUUCGUCAGACCCGAUAAACUAAUAUGGGACAAAAAACGAAAAGGCACAAAAAAUCUUAAUAAUUCAGCGACAAGUCGUCGUAGCUCCAGUGGCUUAGCUCAUUCGUCGUCGAACUCCAACCUGUCCGCAUCCAAGUCAAAAACAGCGGGAUCGAAGAAAAAAUAAAGCUGUCUGCCAAUCACUUGCUAGAUUUAUAUAUAUAUUUAAUAGUACUAUGUGCUCACUGUUUUCAGGGGCGAGUUUGACAUUGGGCCGUCAGAUCCGCAGCCCAGAGUUUACUAUUUGGCAACGGGUUUCGGGAUGCCAUUAUCUAGGGAUUGAUGAAAUUGUUUGAUUGUUUUCAUAAAUGUUUUGAAAUUUGGUGCCUCGCUUUGCUCUGCAUGAUGUAAAUGAUCCCUCAAAACAAGACAUCUUUGUUUAUGUCCCAAGACCCAAAGUUGCCUCAAUUUCAACAAUUGUUUUGAAAUGUGGUGCCUCGCUUGGCUCUGCCUGAUGUAAACAAGACAUUGAAUAGUCUAUAACUUUGUAUACGUCCUAAGGCCGAAUGUCGCCCCAAUUCAACAAUUGUUUUAAAAUGUGGUGCUUCGCUUGGCACUGCUUAAUGUAAACAAGCCAUUGAAUAGUUUAUAACUGUGUUUACGCCCCAAGGCCCAAUGUCGCCCGAAUUCAAGAAUUUUUUUGAAAUCGGGUGCACAUUGAAUAGUCUGUAACUUUGUUUAAGGCCUAAGGCCCAAUGUCGCCCCAAUUCGUCUCUGAUCCGUUUUAUCAUAAUAAGUAUGGUAUGUAUGUAAAUAGAGAAACUUGUCGAUAGUUUAUUGUAAUAUAGAUUCUUAUGUCAUCACUAAUUUAGUUUACGUCACGUCAGCACUGUCAAAUAGUAAGAAUUUUUAUGUACAUUAUUUAAUGAUAUACGUUUUGUAGCUAUGAUUUAUUUAGAAAUAAACUAUAACUUAAACUUGUACCAAGAUUAUAGUUUGGUACAUGAAUUAUAUAUAGGUACACCUUUUAUGAAAUAGAUUAUAACUGAAUCACGUACGAUGAAUUAUAGAUAUAUAUAUGUAUAGGUAACCCUUUUAUGAAAUAAAUUAUAAGUGAAUCAUGUACGUACACCUUUUAUGAAAUAGAUUAUAAUUGAAUUACGUAGGAUGAAUUAUAUAUAUAUAUAGGUAAUAUCCCUUUUAUGAAAUAAACUUUAAUUGAACCGUUUACCAAGAUAAUUUGUACAUGAAUUAUAUAUGUCGGUACCCCUUUUAUGAAAUAAACUAUAUACUGAACAUGAACUAGAUACCCUUUUAUGAAAUAGACUAUAUCUAGCUGCAGCUCAAUAUACUAACCCAUAUAGAAGAUGUCGCUCACAAGGGUAAGUAAGGAGUUUUUAGACUUAUUAAUUAAAGGCUAGAUGCGUUAUAGGAUUCCAUUGUAAUCUAUCACUGUAACCCGGGUAUACAUCAAUGAUAUAUUAAUUGGGUUGUUUAGUUUUUUUUAACAGUGAUCGAGAAAUUAAAUGCUCAUUAUCAAAAUUGAAUGGUCAGCUUUAAACUGGACACAAGUAAAAAUUAGAUGAUUUUAAAUGAUUUUUAUGAAUUUUUAAACAAAGAUUUGAUAUUGAAUGAAUGUUAAAGAAAUUAGUGCUAGAUACACAAGAUUAAAUAAUACCCAGGUUUACAGUAUUCACUAUUGUGACAGUUUAAUCCCUAAUAGGAAUAUCGGUCCAAAUAUGGUUUCGAUUCCAUUCAUUUAUGGAAUAUCAGUCCAAAUAUGGUUCGAUUCCAUUCAUUAAUGGAAUAUCAUUCUAAAUAUGGUUCGAUUCCAUUCAUUAAUGGAAUAUCAUUCUAAAUAUGCUUCAAUUCAGUUCAGUAUUUACAAAGUUAUGAUAAAUUAAAAUUUUAUCCAUCAUGCUAUUCACUAUGACAAGACAGCGCGCCAUCUUUUAUUGGUAGAUGAGAAACCUAAUGGACCUAGAUUGAUUCUAAGUAAGCAGAUUAUCUAAUGUUAGUACAGUAUUUAGAUUGUUUUGUCUUAAUUAAAUGUUAAAUAAUCUGAGUAUCUUUUAGCAUGGUUCAAGUCGUGAGAAAUUAAAUAUUUUAGCGUGGUUCAAGCCAUGUGAAAUCAGAUAUUUUAGCGUGGUUCAAGCCGUGAGAAAUUCGAUAUUUUAGCGUGGAUUAUGCAGUGAAAAAUUAGAUAUUUUAGCAAAAAAUGGUAAUGGCGCAUCUAGCCUUUUAAUUAAGAAUUAAAUAUUCCUUUUAUAGAUUAGGCUAGUGCAAUUUUUUAUAAGUUAGAAUGAUAUUAUGAAAUAUGAAAUUCAAGUUUAAAUGAGAAUUGUGUAAAAUAUAGUAUGAUUGAUAAUAAUAAUGGCAAGAUAUUAAAGGUUUUUGACUAAUACCUAGGGCAGACAAGCGUAUCUUUUCGCCCAAUCGCGCCAGUUUUUAAAAUCGCACGUGUGUCU